GGGAGGGAGCUGGGACUCGGUACGCGCAGGGCGGCCAGAGCAGCAUGGCGGAAGACGAGAGCGACCAGGAAUCGGAGAGACUCGGCGAGGAACUCAAGGCUAUUAAUGAGCCGCGCCUUCCCGCCGGAUUGUCUCCUGCCCUGAGCAGCCAGUAUUAUUGCUACCGCUUCUGCCAGGUUGUUGAAGAUUAUGCUGGAAGAUGGCAGGUUCCUCUGCCACAGCUUCAAGUACUCCAGACAGCUCUCUGUUGUUUCACAUCUGCAUGUGUAUCUUUUCCAGAUGAAUGUGAACAUGUACAGUAUGUGCUAAGUAGCCUAGCCUUGAGCUUUUUCGAACUGUUGCUGUUCUUUGGAAAAGAUGAAUUCUAUGAAGAUCCUUUAAAAGAUAUUCUUGGGUCAAUCCAGGAUUGCCAGAAUCAACUCAACAGAUACAGAAAUGUUAACUUAGAAUUGGUGACUCGAAUUACCAGAGAUGGUGGACCUUGGGAGGAUCCUGUAUUACAAGCUGUUCUUAAAGGAAAAUCAGCUUCUCAGGAAUUAGUUAACAAAUAUUUAAGCUCUGAAAAUCCACUGUUCUUUGAAUUACGUGCCAGAUACCUUAUUGCCUGUGAACGCAUCCCAGAGGCAAUGGCUCUUAUCAAAGCUUGCAUGAAUCAUCCUGAUAUUAGCAAAGACCUUUACUUCCAUCAAGCAUUUUUCAUGUGUCUUUAUAUGUCUCCGCUAGAUGAUCACCUACUCCAAGAGCAUUUGCUGAGGACUGACUGCAAGAAUGGCAUUGAAAUCAUCUGCAACAUUGCAAAAGAAGGGAAGAUUGCUGUAGCAUUGAAUCUUUGUGAAUUGUUUCUUAUUCCACAGCUCAAAAAAGGGGAUAUGUAUUGCAUCUGGGAGCUGAUCUUUAUUUGGAGUAAAAUGCAGCUUAGGUCUAACCCAUCAAAGCAAGUAUUUGUAGAUCAGUGCUACCAUCUUUUAAGGAUAGCUACAAAUUUACAAGUUAUUUUCCCUUUCAUGAAAGUCAUUAGGGAUGAAAUUGGCAAGGGAGGUCUGCAGAUUUGUGUAGAGAUAUGUGGAAGUGCUCUUCAGCUAGAUCUUCAUGAUGAUCCAAAAAUGAAAUGUUUGAUAUACAAAACCAUUGCUCACUUUUUGCCAAAUGACUUAGAAAUAGUGCGGAUAUGUGCUCUUUCUAUAUUUUUUAUUGAGCGCACCUUGGAGUCCUAUUAUACUAUUGAACAGCUAUAUAAAUGUACAGAUGAAGAAUACAAUGAACAGAUAAGUUCAGUUCAGAAUCGUGUACGUUUUGAGUUGCUGCCAAUUUUGAAAAAGGGGUUGUUUUUUGAUCCAGAAUUUUGGAAUUUUUUGAUGAUCAAACAGAACUGUUUAGCACUAUUAAGAGAGAAAGCCUCAGUUGAACUGAGUGAACGUCCACCUGAGCUUUCUUCUGCAAAUACAUCAAAGACACAUCGAGCACUGCGGGGUGAUCAAUCUUGUGUACCUGAGAUAAACAAUGGAGAACUAGGCCAUGAAGAUACUUCUGAAGUACAAUUGGAAAAUGAUAGUAAUUGCAAAAAGAACAAUAUAGUUCUUAAUUCAUCUAAAACUGAUCACAAUGUACCAAAACAUCGCUGUAUAUUAUGUAACAGAGAAUUUGUUGGUGGUCAUAUUGUGAGGCAUGCCCAGGCUCAUCAGAAAAAGGGCAGUUUCUCAUGUGUAAUGUGUUAUAGAAAAUUCAGACAAAAAGGUAUAAUGCUUAAGCACUUAAAGAAUCACAUAAAGAAAAUGACACUGCAUCAUCUGACUGCUACUUCUGUUGAUAAAGAAACUCUUAUUGUAAAUGAAGUGAACUGUUCUAGUGCUGAUGUCUCCCUUCAAAAUGGGGACUUGGAGAGUACUAAAGAAAAUGAAGUGGAGCUAGUCAUUCCAAGUACUAAUCAGGAGAUGCAGAAUUCUGAACUUGCACUGGAUAUAACCAAAAAUCAUGUUAGUAGCCAGGAUGAUGUUAUUGAAAAUGGUAGUUGUGAUAACAAUUCAAAUAAUAUUUCUGAGGCAGAAAUUAAAGAAGGAUCACCAGAAAACAGCCUGAAUAGAGAACUCCCUAUACUUCCAAAGGUAAAUGGUGUGCUCUGUCCUCAAAAUGAUGUGGAUCACACAAGUAAUUUCAAGUGUCCUGCAGAUGGAUGUAUUAGAGUCUUUAAAAAAAUACGGUUUCUGAAUAAGCAUGCGCGUAAGGCCCAUCCCUCUGAUCUGAAUGUGCAAGAGCAUAUAAUGAAAUCGAAUAAUGGAAAAUGUAGGUUUUGUCAGAGAAAAUUUGUGGAUUCUCAUCAUUUUAUUGAUCAUUUGAAUCAACAUGUUUAUCCAAAUGUAUAUUUCUGUUUGCAUUUUAACUGUAAUCAGAGAUUUAAGCUGUCCACUGAGCUUGCAGAACAUAUGAAAAGUCAUAUUGAGUUUAAAGCUCAGUGUAAUUUUGCAGAGUGCUGUAAACUUUUUGAUGACAUUUCGUUGUUAUAUGAGCAUGAAGCUCAACAUUACUUAAACAAAGCAAAUCCUUCUGAAGUCAGUGAAAAUAAUUCUUCAGUUGUUUUGGAAUCUGAGUGUGCUAUUCAAGAAAUAGCAGAUGAUGGUGGUGAAAAAGAGGCUGUAAUGGACUUGCCAAUUCCCACUUGGAAAGCAAGAAAAGAUUCCCUAGAACCAAAGACUUAUAUCCAGACUGAGAAAAAAGUAAAUAAUCUAAUCCAGAAUGGGAAUGAAAAUGCAUAUGGUAGUGCUGUCACAAUUGUGAACUUAAUAGACCAAAAGAUACCUGAAGUAGAGCCAAAUUUAGAAAGCUGUACACUUAAUGAUCAGCUAGUUGUUAAUGGGCAUGAUGAACUGGAACAAACAACAGCCACACUGGAUGUUGAUUUGGAAAGAACGAGUGCCAGUACUAGGACAGAAAAUGGAUCUAUUCUACCUGUUCUGCAGAACUGUACAGAUAUAUCAGAUAAUACUCUCGUGGAUUCUCAGACACUUUCUAAACCAAAUCAGAUAACAGAAAAUACAUCAUACGGCUUAAUUUUAACAAGGCCUUACAUUAGACCAUUGCCUCCGAGUUACCUUGAUGAACGAUAUAUAAGCAUGCCAAAACGAAGAAAAACUUUGACUGAUAAAGCAGGUGCACAUUCAGAGCAAGGCAAAACAUGUAGCAAAUCAGAGAGACUAAGAUGCAGCAAAUGUUUGACCACCUACUGUAACUCAGAAGCACUUCAGCGUCAUCUUGCACAAAAGAAGUGUCGGACACUUUUUGGAUUCGAUUCAGAUGAUGAAAGUGCCUGAGCAAAUGAUGUAUGAAGACUCCAUUUGAGGAGUAGUGAUGGAACACUACAAUAUUCUGCAUCAACCUGCUUUUCCCUUCUUGGCCUUAAUUAUAAAGAAGUCUCUAAAAUUAAAGAAAAUCAUGACCUUUCUGAGAAUUAAAGCACACGGGUCACAACUAAGUGAUAGUAGGAGCUGUGCAGUAUUAGCAUCCAGAAAACAAGCAAACUGUGUUUAAACCUCCAAAGUACCAGUUAUCUAAAAGCCACAAGUUUUUGCAUAGUUCUACUCUUAAGUAAAUUCACUGGGUGGCUGUAUACAGAGUAGGUUUCAUGCUGACUGAAAACAAUUGUUCCAGAGAAAAAUGCCUGUGGGACAUGCCUCAUUUUGAAUUUGUAUGUUCAAAGGAAGCCAUUCUGUAUGAUAAAACUAGUUUGAGUCACAUUCAAUGUUGCUGUGCAUUAAAAUUGGAUCAAUUAAAAAUAGAUCCAUUUAUAGAGGUUGACUCUUCUUGCAAUGGUAUAUUUUGUACCCUGGAAAUGGAACCUAUGAAUGUAAGAAAUAAUCAGUGCUGGGCAGUGUAUCUUAAUAAAUGUUUUAAGGCAUACAAUCAGGGCUAAAGUAUGUCUUUGAUAUUUCCAAAUUCACCUAAUUAAACUGCAUUCAAAUACACCAAAGUUUUUCAAGACCUGAUCAUGAUGAAUGCAUGGAUAGAGUUCACUCCUAACAAGAGCUAGCAAAUCCACACAGCUACAAUAUUUGGUAUCAAAAAGCAGUUUUAGGCUCAAUAGUAAAUUCAUAUGGUUAGAAUUUAACUGAAUUCAGCUGGUGUAUAAAUUUUAAGCAUAAACUUUUUAAGUUUUGCACGAGUUGUUAAAAUUUACUUUUGUAUUUAAAAUGAAUUAAAAAGGGUCACACUUGAUUUAAAUUUACAUUAGGACACUAUGAAUAUAAUUUUAUAUUCAUAUUGUAUCAACGUUGAAAAGUUGCACUGAAUUUUCUUUAUGAAACAAUUGCAUUCUUAAGAAACCUAUACAAAUGCUAUCAUGACAGUGCAUGCUAUGCAAAUAAUUCAGAGGUAAUUUGAACAUAGAAUCUGUUAUUUUAAGCAGUCCUCUGUCAGACUUCUAUGCAAGUAUAAUACAGUGAGUUCAAAGCAUUUCUGAAUAAUUUUUGAAGUGGGCAUACAUCUAAAAUCCCAUGACAAACUUAAUCAGUAAAAAUAAAUUGCUUUAGUAAUGAGUGCCAGUAAAAUUAUUUGCACUGUGCCUUGAAAAAUUAAGCUUUAAACCAGUGGUGGUAUGCUACCGGUUCGGCCCGGUUCAGCUGAACCUGUAGUAAAAAAAAGCCUCCCAUGAUCAGCUAAGGAGGAAAAAAAGCCUUCAACAAUCAGCUAAAAGGAAAAAGAAAAGCGCAGGAUCUACCCUCUUACCCGCCCCUUCGCUUUUCUCUUCUUUAUCCUCUCAGCUGAUAUGUGGAAAGUUUCACGUGUGUUAGGUGUGUGUGUGUGUUAGGUGCGUGUGCUAGGUGCAUGUGCGAGAUCACCAAACCGUAGUGGAACAGGUAGGAUCCCACUGCUGCUUUAAACCCCUUAUUCUUAAAAUAGUACAUAUAAAAGCAGAGUAUUCUAAUCCCAAAAUAUCCAAGAUACCCCUUUCUUUAAAAACAAUGGUGUACAAAUAUUUAUUAUGAAAAAUAACUUUUGUAAUAAACAUUAAGAUCUUUCUUGCAGAUCACUGGGGUUUGAAAAUAUUUGCAAAGGGAUUACAAUUUUUUUUAAAAAUGGAAACGUUAUUUGAUCUAUUGAACUAUAUUUUCAAUGCAAUCCUACACAUUUCUACUCCAAAGUCAGUCCCAUUGAGUUUAAUGGUACUUACUCUCAGGUAAGUGAGUAGAUUUUUUUAAAAAAAUCAUAUUUUAUUCAUAAAGACUAAGGACAUUUUUUUCUCAAGAAACAAGUAUGAAACUUUGAACACAGAUACACUUAAAAUAUAAUUAUAUUUCUAACCACUUUUAGGUCAGUCCUGAUAUCUAGGCACCAAAUGAUAUUUUUAAUUAACUACACAGGUGAAGCUGUGCUUGACUAUGCUAAAUAUCAAAGGCUACUAUUGAAGCAAUUCGAAUUAUAACACAAACAGACCUUUUUCAAUUUACUUUUGUAAGUCAUGCAAGAUUGCACAAAUAUGGUACCUAAGUUAUCUACUUUUGAGAUAAUUAAAAUCCAAAAACAUAUAUUUUGUAAUAUAUUUGUACAUCUUACUAUAUAGGAGAUUUUAUUAAAAUAUUUUAAUACUUUAUAUUAUUAAAUGGGAGUUAUUUGCAAAUCUCAGUCUUCAAUUGUGUCUUAAUUGGAGUUUAUUUAAUUUGGUCAGAUUAGAGAAUAGGUUUUCCUUGUACAGGAGUCCUAAAAUUAGCAAUUUAAAAUGACAGCAUGUUUUAAUAUAUCAAUAUAUGAAACUCAGUUUUUUCAAAAAAUAAAGUAUUGAUUUUCUGGGACCUCAGAAUGAAUUAGUAGUUUUAGUGUUUCAUUUCUUAAUCUGCAUUAGGGGUGAUGAUAUUUUAAAGAUAACAUUGUGCUAAGCUUGACUUCUAGUUAUUACAUAGGCACAGCUGUGCAGUUUGCAUAAUGAUAAUAUAAAAUGAUUUGCUAUUAUUUUAUUCCAUGUUUUUUGACUAGCUGAACCUGUUAUUUCCUAUGGAUCUGUCAUCCAGGUUAUAAUCUAAAGCCCAAGUAAGGUGUGCCUGAUACUGACACUUGCUGAGAUGGAUAAUUAGUGCUGUGGGUAUGAAUCGGUAGCUAUACUUCAGUAUUCCCUAAACUGGGUUUUAAUUUUCUAGAUAUGAAAAAUAUUCAUUUUUCCACCAACUUUAGUUUCAGUAACUUUCUGCACUCUUAAUUUACAGGCAUCUAGGUAUCCAGACUUAUAUCCAGGAUAUAUAAGCUUUUCCUCAGGAAAACAUUCCAUUUCAAAUUAAUUCCAAAUUAUGUAACAUCAUAAAUGUUUAGUAUAAAACUGAAAGGGAAGAUUAACCUUCUGCAAAAUGUUCAGUUGUCCACUUGCUAUGUUAGCAGUUUUAAUCAAAAAUAGUUGAUUUGUUGUGCUUUACUACCAAACACUUAGGAGAAAUUAUACAAAUGGUAACAUUGCUAGGACACCUGUCUUUCAGUAUUGGCUUGUCAGCUAAUAUCAAUUGCUGUUAAACACUAUGAGUUAGUAAUUAAAUUAGUGAGCCUAACUCCAUAAUUCUAAAAUACACACUUUUGGAAAAUAUGUUGACUGCCCUUUUGUAAGUGAUUACUAUUUUGACUUUCCACAAGCUUUUAAAACAGGAUAGGGAUGUUUGUUUUUCGCCAGAAGAAUUACAUGAGUGACUUCAACCAAUUACAUGAGUGACUUGUUUGUCAUGGGCAAGUUUUCAUUAUUGCAGGAAAUAAUGUUUUUUUUUUCUAGUUAACUUAGAAUUGGCAUUGAUAUAGCAAAAGUGGUAUUUCUUAAAUGGCUUGUGUAAUGCCCCCUUAUCUCCUGUCUGAAUGAGAAAUAAAAAGUCAGCAGUAAUCAUUAUGAAGUGCUUAGGAUCCAGUUGAAAAUGUGCUAGGGUUCCCUUGCCCCACCUAGAAAAAUGUAAAAAUCCCCAGCCAGAACAAGACUACUGCUGUAUUUAAGUUUAUGUCAACUAGUCUGAAAAUUAAAGCUUAAAAGUUAAAUGAUUGUGUUAGUGUUGCCCAAUGUUUUUGCCAGCUAAUAAACACUUGGUAUGCUACUCAGUUAAUCUCCCCAUCGAGUAAAGAAACUGCAUGGCUGACAGUUUUUCUAACUAGAUACCAGAUAUGUAAAUAA